ACAUUCAUAUAUUAGCCAUGGGAGUUUCUUCACAAACUUCUUUUGAUGCAAUCACUUUGGAAGAAGCUCUUCAAGGAAGUAACAAUUCAUCAUACUUGUGGAGCAAGAAAAGGGUGAAGAGGUCAAGAAGAAUUUUCAUGAAGAGAAGGGUUGGUUGUAGAAGAGGCUCCUAUGGAAUUCAGAGACGUGUGAGGACAUUGAAGAGACUUAUACCAAAUAGUGAUGAGUCUAUUGGGUUGGAGGGACUUUUUAGAGAGACAGCUAAUUAUAUAUUGUCUUUAGAAAAUAGAGUGAGGGUUAUGAAGGUUAUGGUUGAGGUAUUGAAUGGGUCUGAUGAGUGAUUGAUUCAUUUUGUAAAGACCAAACCAAACAUUAAUAUGGUUUGUUUUUAGUUACACAAAAGAUUGGUUUUGGAUAUUGUUAUAUGUUUAUUUUUCAUGUUAUCUAGAGUUAGAUCAGUUUUAUGAUUAUUUUGUUGUGUCAAAGGAGAAUCAUAUAUUACAAUUCUUUGUUAUCACUUAUAUACAUGUACUUGUAUUUAUCAUUACUUACUCAA